GGCUGCGGGACCAGCGCGCGAGCCCUUGCAGGCGAGAACUGCAAGACCCUCAAUGCCCCGCGGCUGCGUGAGACGGAAGGGGGAGUGAGCGGGGCGACAAAGCAGAGGGGAGGUGGCAACGACGCCUGCGCAGUGUGACCAGGAUGGCGCAUUUUCGUGCGUCGAGUAAUGCAGUGUCGCUGGCGGCUGAGGAGCGCGGAGAGUUCUGGGAUGAAGUAGGGGGAGGGAUUCGUGUAGGCAGCGAGAGGGAACUAUAAAGAGGGAAGUUGAUGCUGGUACUACGACUCGCGGACCGGCGGCGCGAAAGCUGUGAUCUCAUCGUUAAACCAUAGCCGCUCCGAAACCAGACCGUUCCUCUGAUGUUCUCACCUAACACGUUAGAAGGCACUUUCCGUUUUUCGGUCGGUUCUUCACGUAUUUAUUGAGAUCCUACCACGGGGAAGAAUUGGUACGGCUCCUGCCUUAGUAGACCUCUAAGCCUAGUGAGACAGAUGGGUAUUAAAUAAAGUGGACACGCAAGCGCGUAUGAAAUUGCAACAGCGAUCGGCUUUGAAAUUCAGACACAAUGGAGAAGACUCAAAAAACAGCCCAAAGAAUUCUUUUAGAACCCUACAAGUACUUACUUCAAUUACCAGGUAAACAAGUGAGAACCAAACUUUCACAGGCAUUUAAUCAUUGGCUGAAAGUUCCAGAAGACAAGCUACAGAUUAUCAUUGAAGUGACGGAAAUGUUGCAUAACGCCAGUUUACUCAUCGAUGAUAUUGAAGACAACUCAAAACUCCGACGUGGCUUUCCAGUGGCACACAGCAUCUAUGGAAUUCCAUCUGUCAUCAAUUCUGCCAAUUACAUAUAUUUUCUUGGCCUAGAGAAAGUCUUAACCCUUGAUCACCCAGAAGCAGUAAAGAUCUUUACCCGCCAGCUUUUGGAACUCCAUCAGGGCCAGUGCCUAGAUAUUUAUUGGAGGGAUAACUAUAUUUGUCCCACUGAAGAGGAAUAUAAAGCUAUGGUUCUGCAGAAGACCGGUGGACUCUUUGGAUUAGCAGUAGGUCUCAUGCAGUUGUUUUCUGAUUACAGAAGUGAUUUAAAGCCACUACUUGAUACACUUGGGCUCUUUUUCCAAAUUAGAGAUGAUUAUGCUAAUCUACACUCCAAAGAGUACAGUGAAAACAAAAGCUUUUGUGAAGAUCUAACAGAGGGAAAGUUCUCAUUCCCUACUAUUCAUGCUAUUUGGUCAAGGCCGGAAAGCACCCAGGUGCAGAAUAUCUUGCGCCAGAGAACCGAAAACAUAGAUGUUAAAAAAUACUGUGUAUAUUAUCUCGAGAACGUAGGUUCUUUUGAAUACACUCGAAAUACUCUUGAAGAGCUUGAAUCUAAAGCCUAUAAACAAAUUGAUGCACUUGGUGGGAACCCUGAGCUAAUAGCUCUAAUAAAGUACUUAAGUCAAAUGUUCAAAGCAGAGAAUGAAUAAUACAUUAAGUCAUUCUAGAUUAGGCCUGAUAGCUUAUUUUAGUUGAUUUGGGGGGGGGCGGGCAGUGUGUCUUUUAGUCUACCUUUUUAAAAAUUUGGACCUAGGUGUUUGUCUCAAAACUGAGUGACUAGGGGUGAUGUAGGUGAGGUGGUCGCAAUUCAGAACCACUCUCUACAGGUAAUCAUCAUCAAACAGAGUCAAAAGGAGCUGCAUUUAAUUAGGCCUAAUUUGAACGUCAGAAUGUGCUGUAUUGGGUCCUUGUGGCCUACUCUGCCGUGAAUGUUCCUGUCAAAAAAGAGACUUCAGCUUCCAGGAACUUUUAUCCAGAUUCUUCCUAACUGAAAUAUGGGCAGCUCCCAAUUCAUCUACCCCAGUUCCAAGCGAGGCACCACUUCAGGCCACUUUCUGUUCGCUAGCUAGCUCGAAGACCACAGAGCCUCCUUCCUAAAUGUUGCUGCGUAGAAGAAUAUCUGUCUCCUCCCCGGAAACGCCCUCGCUGAAGUCUCCCGUGAGCGGGCUGACAGUGACAAACAGUAAGCAUGCGCGUCCUUUUUCUUACCCCCUUCCUUUCCCCUUUCUUCCUGCCAGGCAAAUUCUGCUCUUUAACCGAGGAGUCUCCUUUACAUACUAGCCCCAAUUCUUUCUUUUUUCUUCCUAGUGUAACUGGUGCCCCAAAACUGGUUAGUAUCUGAAAAUAGCAGUGUCUUUCCAUUUAGGAAAGUACAUGGGAAAGUAUUUUAAGAAGGAGCCUUAAAACCUUUGUAUAUUUUCCCAUCAAUAGUAGUAAGAAUUAUAAAAGCUGUUGGCUCACUUCAUGUAGAAAGCAGGGGGAAGUGGGUUUUUUUUUUCCUUCCCAGGCCCACUGCCCUCCCCCAAGGCAGUUGGUACUUGAACGGGAAGGGAAGUAGACAUCUUUAAUCUCUACCAUUAAAGGGAAGAAAAGUGUGAACCUGAGAGCUAGUGCCUGAAGGCUACGCUAUUAGGCACUAACAUUAGCUUUAUAGGGCCUUAACCCUCACCAUUCCUUUUGUGUAAUUUCCAGCCCCCCCACCCCACCCAAGCCUUCUGUGGUCCAAAAAAGGUCGGAAAAAAAUCAUGAAUCCUGUGUGGAAGUGUUACUGCCAUCACAAAAUGAAAGUUUAUAUUUCUCGGAAACAUUGUGUUUUCCUCGAUUGGUUCCUAUAGGAUGUUAUCUGAGAUCUAAUCACCAGUUCUUGUAUGAGAAAUUUUCACCAAAGCACUCAAUGUAAACCUUUUUGAAAAGUCAGGUAUGCCUUUACUAAUCCUUAAGAUAAUUUGAAUCUUCCAUUUUAAUUAAUACAAGAGUAUUUGUGCUACAUUAUGGGAAUUUGAAUUUUGUGCUUGUGGACCCAUAACUUAGAAAAAAAAGCUUAAUGAUUACUCAAAAACGAUCUAACGCUAACUAUGUAGACAAAAUGUUACUUUUAAGAUAAAGACCGCUUAAGUAGAUUAUUUCUUAUCUGAUGAAUUUAAUUUCAGCCUGGUGCUAUUCAUGAUUCUUUUGUCAUUUUUAUCUUGCCUUUAAAGGUCAGUGAUGAAUGCUGAACAUUGAAUUGGGGACUUAUAAAGAAUCAUUUUAUCUACUGAAUAAUCAAAAAUCCAUUCUUUUCACUUGAACUGCAGUCACAGUUAAUACAGAAGAAAACCAGAAUAUAAUGAGUAGUUUAAUGUAGGAAUCCCCAACCCCCUGGGUCCUUACCAGGUCAGUGGCCUGUUAGGAACUGGGCCACAGGGCAGGAGGUGAGCAGCAGACAAAACUGUUUUUGCAGCUGCUCCCCAGCGCUAGCGUCACCGCCUCAGCUCCACCUCAGAUCAUCAGGCAUUAGAUUCUCAUAGGAGCACCGGUCCCUGGCGCCAAAAAGGUUGGGGACCACUUGGUAUUAAUGUACCUACUUAGGUUUCAGUACAGUCAUUUUUGUUCUGCAUAAAGGAAUAUCCUGUGGUAACCCAAGUAAGAAUUGGAUUUUGUCAUUCUGAAGACAUAUAAUUUUAAAACAUUUAUUUUCACAGUUUCUAGUCUGUGAUGCUUAAUAAAAAAUAUUAUUUAUUUGCAAAAAUCAAAAGAAUGAAGUCCGUUUGUGUUGCCAUAAAAUACUUUCUGACGUCAGCAAGACUAAAUCAUCUCUGGUCCACUCUAUCAACGACCUAACUCGACUUUGUUUCCUUCUAACCUGUACCCUGUAUCCUUCACUUCAGGGAGCCUUUCGAGAACUUUCUCAGAUCAUUCUCUUCUCUGACCCCUCUCAUCCUGCCAGUUCCCAAUCCUAGAUGAAUCCAGCCGAACACAUUCUUUGUUUCUCCCAUGUUGCUGAGUGCUGCUGGGAAAUAUUUUCAAAACUAUUGUAGCCAUUGCAGGUUAAUGUAUUACAGCCUCAGUAGCCCUUUUGUUUGUCAUCUAAUUCUGAUGGAGAUUAAAAAUUUGUCAAUCUAAAGUCUCCCGCUGCUUCUCCACUCUUCUCCCAGGAAAUGUAAACUCUUCUAAAUGUCCUCCCCUCUAGGUCUGUCUUCACAUAGUCUGCCUUUCAUCAUGAAAAGUUUGUCCUGCUCUAGGCCAAACAAACUCUCCCAUUCUUGGUUUUCCUUCCUUUCUGCCUCUUGGGGACGAAUUUCAUCCCCUGCUUUACAUCUUCAGGAUUUAUCCGUUGGGUCUUGAUAUCAGCGGACCGAGGGAAAGGAAAUGUACGUUUACAAAGUACCUAUUUGGUACCAGAUGUUUUCCGUUUUUCCUUUAAGCGUUUAAUGAGCGGAGCCAGGACUUUGAAUAUGGGACAAAGCACUUUGCUCUUACACAGUUGGCCUCCCAUUCCAUAUGCGCACUUAAACGUGUUUAAAACUUUGGAAAGCACUAGCCUAUUGUAAUAACAGUUUCCUUUCUAUAAUUUCUCCCCACUCCAAUCUAUCCUUCACACGCCAACCAAAGUUGUCUUUCAAAGCACAAAUCUGAUUGUCAUUCUCAUGUUUUAAAUUUUCUUUGCAUCCCCAAUAAGGCCACCUGUAAAUUCCUUGGCAUACUGUAUAAAGUUUUCCAAAAGCGGAGCCCCAGCCUACCUUGACUAGCCAUAUUUCCUAACGCUUUCCUCUCCCACACACCUUAUGCUCUGCCUUGAUAGAAUGCUCAUCACUGCUGAGACAGUCUACUCUCAUAUUUGUGCCUGUGUGCUAGAUCCUUUGCUAGGCUUUGGAGCUGUACGAGUGUUAGAUACUAUCCCUUAACCUAAUGUGCUUUUUCUGUAAUAGAGACUGGUAAGUAAAUAGCCAAUUAUUAAACAGUAUUCUUAGUGCUGGAACCAGGGCCCCUAAUUACUUGUUUACUUGUCUGCCUCUCCCAUCGGAUUGGAAAAUCAUUAAGGACAAGAACUGACUUAUUCAGCCUGAUAUUCCCAGUAGCACUUAAAUAUGUAUGAAUGAAUAAAUUUACUUGAAACUAAUCUCCCACCUCUCAAGGGUUUCAUUUAAUAUGUAAUGUAAAAAGAUCAUAAACUUCAAAUGUUAGCUUUUAUGUUAAUGUGGUUCUUCUAUCUCUCAUUCUUUAACAAUUCUUAUUCAGCAUUCUCUUCCAUUCUGAAAGCAUUCUUAGACUCUUUACUCUCCCAGUUCUGUCUGUAAUUACCAUUAUAUCAAAAGACCGGCUUCCUCAAAUUCAGAUUCUGUAUCUAUAACUGCCUAUUCACCUGAGUUUUCUGUUGUCACCUUGAAAUAAUGUAAUUAAAACCAACGUACACCUUCCGUCCCAUCCCUCUACCAAUCCAGAUAGUGGUAAGAAACCAUUCUCCCCCAGCCUUUCCUAUCAGCGUCCUCACUGUUUAAGUGAUCCAGGAAUGUGUGAUUUUUUUACCCCUGCCUCCUAUAUCUAUCCAGUCCUCCCAGGUCAUAUAGUUUUGUCCUUUGAGAUGUCUCUUACCUGUCGCCUAGUUUCCAUUUUCCCUGUUCAUUGAGAACAGGCUUUACUGCUAUACAAUGAAGAGCUGAUACUUCGUGGCCGAAAUACAGAAAAAGACUGAUGAUAAUGGACACCAAAACAAUGGAAAUUCAUGUAUAACGCAAUUGUCAUCUGGCUCUGCAACUUCUACCACUUCCAGUUGGCUAACUGCAGAUUUCCUCUGGUAUUUCAUUAAUCAUGUAAUAAUGCAAUCUCACAUUUUAUGUGAUUCGAUACAUUGGACCUUAUAAGUAGUAUAUAGCAUAAUUUUAUUGUAUUCUGUACUGGUUGUUAAAAAUAUACAAUAGUGCAAUAAGCAAUAACAUUAGCAAUGUAAAAUUUAAUAACCCAUUAGUUCAAGUUAAUUGUGUAGAAUAUUUCAUGACCAUUGCUUAAUGGGCAUCUUUUCAUAAAGACAUCCUGGAAACAUUGGUACCAAUAACUCACGUACAUUCUUUAUAAAGCACUCUAUGCUUUAGGAGAAUGGCCAUUUUAUCAUCUUUGAAUUACUUUUGUUACUGUACAUAAAAAAAAUAUAUCUGAAUCUCUGAGAAUUGGUAUAAUGAAUAAUGGAAUCUAUUUGGACCCAGUGGGGGAGACGGUACUGAUGGAAGUCUGUGAAAGUAGGUUUAAGUCUUACCAAAACUUGCACGGUCACUUAAUAGAGAUUGCAAAAUGGGAAUAAACAUUUGAAAAGGAAAAAA